AUGGCCCGGCCCCAAGGCUUGACUCAAGGCCAAACUCCUUGCCGAAACGGUGCUCACACCGUAAGGAUGCUCACGAAGCCCGGUAGCCUCCCUUGGAAGAUUCGGCCUAGCCUCCCUUCAAGCACAGCCCGGCUUCCAAAUCUGCACACCUCGAAGGCUCAGCUCAAUACAGCACCCCACACCAGCCCCGAAACCACAAGGAUUACAAAGAAAACACAAGUUGUAGAGACGGCGCACGCUGGGGACGCCUAA